AUGCUGGGCCGGCGGCGCGUCUUCGCCGUGGAGCCGCUCGGCGGCCGGGAUGGGGUUGGUGAGGACUUGGCACACGGUUGUGUAGUACCUGGAGUCAGCAGCACCUACCGACGGAUUCCGGACGCUGCUCAAGGUUGCUCGCUGGACUCCUGGAAGGGAGAUGGCCAGCUGAGAGGUCUCAGGAGGCAGGAGCCACUUCUCAAACUGGCCUCCCGGGACUCAGGAGUGGAGAUGGUGGUUGGGGACAGCCUCCUGGCCACCUCACCGGGCCUUUCUCAGGACUCUCUGGACUUUGAGCCCACAGGGAGCCCUGAGCCUCUGGCCCUUGCUUCCAAGGAGCCUCCUGCCCACCUAGGCCGGCUUCUGGCCAACCGUAAGCUGGAGCAGGUGCUGGAGCGGUCCCGCCAGCUCCCGUCUUCCCCUGCCAGCAUGUCACAACGCCACCUCUCCCUGAAGCCCCCCAGCGAGCCUGAAUGUGAAAUGCCCCUUUUUGGAGCCAGGGAACAGGAGGCCACUGAGGCAGAAACUGACCUGGAGGCAGGCCUGGAAGAAGCAGAGGUGGCGGGGGGCCUGGGGCCUGAAGCCUGGGCCUGUCUCCCAGGGCAGGGUCUCCGCUACCUGGAACACCUGUGCCUGGUGCUGGAGCAGAUGGCAAGGCUCCAGCAGCUCUACUUGCAGCUGCAGACCCAGAGGCCCCCACGGGGGAGUGAGCCACAGGGCCAGCAGGCCAGCGGGGGGCAGGAUCGUGAAGUGGAGGAAGAGAAGGAGGCGGGGAAGCCCACCCUGGCCCCCUCACUGCCGCCUUCUCGUGCCCCAGGCCGUGAGGUGCACGGAUUGCCCAGCCAGACGCAGGAGACAGGGGCAAAAUCAGCUACGCCCCUAAAGGUAGGGCUGCCCAGUGCCAACCCCCCUGUGCUGUUAGAGGCCGCCGCAGAGCCCGCUCACAUCUUUCCAUCCUCCCAGGGACACAAGCGGGAUCUCUCCCACUGGAACAAGGUCAAGGUCCUGCUCAACCGGAUCCGUUGGAGGAGCCCGAAACACCCUGAGUCCCCUGCCCCUCCUGAUGGCUCUGCCCCUAGGAUUGAGUCAAGGGGUGUCCCUGAAAGACCUCCAUGCCAGCCCCUCCGGAAGACCUUUGUGCCAUCAUUUGUGGUUAAGAAGCAACGAGCAAAAAACCUUUCUGUAUGCUGAGACCUCCUGGUGCAGGGACGUGACCCUGGGUGGGGGUGUGUGCAGUGAAGGCUUCUUCCUCGCCCUUUGCCUGUUGCUGCUUCUGGGCACUGCCAGGAAAAGCUGCUGAUGCUCACCCUUCUCUCUGAGGAGAGGGCUGGAUCUUUCUCCUCUGGGCAGCCUGGCAGAGGAGCCCGGGUUCCCUGAGAGGCCCCAAGGUGUGGCAGCCCCCGGGCUCCUUGCUGGUUGCCAGAAAUCCCUGGGCCUAGUCAAUGUGAACUAACUUAUUUAUCAGGAGUCCAUGGAAUGUGUUUGACAUGGUGAUCUCCUGGGGCCUAGCAUGUCUCAGAUGUGUAUUUGUGCAAGAUGAUACGUGUAUCUCUGUGAGUCUGUCACUGUUGUGAACUGGCUGGAUACAGCUGUCUCUUCGGAAUCAUGCCCUCAAAGGGUUGGUCUUCUGGGUGAGGUAACUGCGAAAGGAUGGAACCGAACUUCAUUCCUCAGUGGGCAGUUACUGAUUUGGAGUCCUGCUUUCCUUCUCAGACCUUCGUGGGUAGCCCCAGGACGGGUGGGGCGGGGGUACUAUCUUGGGUGCCUCUGCAUGGUGUCUUGCCUGUGAAACAGAGCCCCUGAAGACCAGACCUGGAAUGGAAGGGUCAGGGACAACAUGGAGAAGAGCAGAGUAAGCUUCAAGGUCUGUCUUCAGCUGCUUUGGUCCCUAAUAACCUUUACAUAUCAGAGCAGAAACCAGAAACAUACUUGCUUUUAGACCUUGACAAAAAUCCCUUAACUUUUCUGAGCCAUAGCUUCCUACUUAAUCUCCCAAAUGGUUUAAUGAUACCUGCCCUACCUACCUCACAGUCUUAUUAUGAAGAUAAAAUGAGAUUAAACUGUCUU